AUGGCCAAGUACUGGAUUGAGGCAACGGAGAGGAUCAUGGAUAAUCUAGAUUGCACCUCUGAGCAGAAACUAAAGGGCGCAGUCUCACUGCUGUGUGAUGAGGCUUAUCAGUGGUGGCUAACUAUUAAAAAGGGCACUCAGCCCGAACGUCUGACCCGAGAAUUCUUUAAGACCACAUUCCAGGGGAAAUAUGUGGGAGCCAGUUAUGUGGACACUCGUAGGAAGGAGUUUUUGAAUCUUACUCAGGGGGAUCGAUCAAUGGCAGAGUAUAAGGUCGAGUUCCUAAGAUUAAGCCACUAUGCGCUAGGUAUGGUGGCAUCAGAGUAUGAGAGGUGUGUCUACUUUGACGAUGGCCUUAGAGAUAAUUCAAGAGUUCUGAUAGCUCCGCAGAGGGAGCGAGAUUUUUCUGUCGUAGUCAAGAAGGAAAAGAGAGCCGAAAAGGUUAAGCGCGCUGAAUGCCAAAAUAGAGAUAAAGAGAGGGGUAAGAAAAAGAGGGAUUCAGAGCCCUCGAGUUCUGUACAGAGGCCUAAAAAAAGGGAGUGUCCGUUGAGGGCCAAUCAGAUGCAAGCUUCGGGUACUGGUACUACGCAACCACAGAGUGUAGCCCAGCAGCCACUGAGAUACCGUGGUCAAGCUAGGGGUGGUAAUGGCAUAGGCCGUGGAUAG